AUGGCAAACCGCGGAAGAACACUGGACCCAGAGGUUUUUUGCAUAAAAGAUCUGAAGGAAAAGGCAUCGAAGAAACUUCCUAAGAUGUAUCGGGAAUACUUCAACGAAGGUGCCAUGGACAUGAUAACACUCGGUGACAACGAAGCCGCCUUUGACCGAUAUCGUAUCCGCCCUCGAAUUCUCCGCAACGUCUCGAACAUCGACCCCAGCACCACUAUCUGGGGCAGCAAAGUGCUUUUCCCGUUCGGCUUCUCUCCAGCUGCCAUGCAUCGUCUGGCUCAUCCCGAUGGGGAAAUCGGAACGUCCAAGGCCUGCGCCGCACUUAAUGUGGCCAUGGGACUUUCUACGUACUCGAAUGAUUCGUUGGAAGAUGUCAUUAAGCAAGGAGAGGGAAGGACCAACCCCUACGCCAUGCAAGUGACUCUGUUGAGAAGUCGAGGUUUGACGGAGCAAUUAUUGAAGAGGGCGAAGAAGGCUGGUUACAAAGCGAUUAUUCUAACGGUGGACGCGCCCAUGUUGGGUCGACGGCUGAACGAGUUUCGGAAUAGCUUCUGCAUGCCCACUGGCACGACAUAUCCUAACAUAGCACCUGAGUUAGACAUGAGCAACUUGGAGGGUGGUGACAAUGAUUUGGCAUAUGAGAACGGCGUGGACUGGAAUGAAGCAAUCUCCUUCCUAAAAAGUCAAUCCGACCUCGAAUUCUGGGUUAAAGGCGUCUACACUGCCGAAGACGUUGCGACUGCCAUCCACUACGGCCUUGAUGGAGUCGUCAUCUCCAACCACGGUGGACGCCAGCUUGACAGUGUGCCGGCAACCUUGGAUGCUCUACGAGAAUGUGCUCCCGUCGCUAAAGGCAAGAUCAAAAUCGCCAUUGACGGUGGAAUUCGGCGAGGAACCGAUAUUUUCAAAGCUUUGGCUCUAGGGGCGGAUUUCUGCUUUGCUGGUAGAAUUCCCAUUUGGGGUCUAGCUUACAAUGGCACCAAGGGCGUCGAACUUGCGAUCAACUUGCUUUAUGACGAGUUUAAAUUGACCAUGGGUCUUGCAGGUUGCAAGAAUAUCUCCGAAAUCAGUCGCGGUCAUUUGUCAAUCUUGGAGAACAAUGGUGUUCUCUCCAAGCUGUAA